AUGGGAAGCAUUGCAGUCCAAUCCCCCACUUCUGUACCCUCCUCAGACCGAGUGGAACCCGGCUCAUUCCCUCUUAUCACAGCGAAGUUUCCCGCUGCAUCCGAGCCCAAGACUGUCGAUGCCAAUGACGUUGCUUCCAAAUGGGUCACUGCCUUUAACAAAUCCAUAUUAAACCCCUCAACCGAAGACCUUUCCAGGCUAUUCUUGACUGAAUCGUACUGGCGCGACCAGCUUUGUCUUACAUGGGAUUUCCACACCUUGUCUGGACCAAGCAAGAUCUAUUCUCUGCUCAGCAGUAACCCUUGCCGCGUCACUUCCAUUGCUCUCGACACCAGCUCUGCUUAUCGCUCUCCAACACUUUCAUCUCUUGACGAUGGGAAAGUGCAAGUUGUGCAAGCAUUCCUGAAAGUCGAGACUGAUGUCGGGAGUGGCGAGGGACUAGUGCGCCUGGUCGAAGAAGUAGGAGUGUGGAAAGUCUUCACUUUAUUUACAUUCUUGAAGAGCUUGAAAGGAUUCGAGGAAAACAUUGGAAGGAAGAGGCCGAAUGGUGUGAAGCACGGUGAGCAUGAGUCAAGGGAGAAUUGGGCAGAUCGAAGGAAGGCUGAAGAGGGGUUUGAGAAUGGGGAGGAGCCAACAGUGUUGAUUCUCGGCGCUGGACAAGCCGGCCUUACUGUUGCAGCCAGACUCAAGAUGCUCGGGGUCAAAUCCCUGAUCGUGGAUCGCGAACAGAGAAUUGGUGAUAACUGGCGCUCACGAUAUCAUCAACUAGUCCUACACGACUGCGUCUGGUUCGAUAAUCUGCCAUAUAUGCCGUUCCCUGAGUAUUGGCCUAUCUUCACACCGAAAGAUAAGCUAGGCGACUGGUUCGAAAGCUAUGUCAAGCUGCUUGAGUUGAACGCUUGGACAAGCACCAGCAUCACGAAGUCGUCGUGGGAUGACAGCACUCUGAAAUGGACAGUCAAUCUUGAGAGAAUUGUAGACGGAAAGACUCAAACUCGAAUCCUCCACCCAAAGCACAUAAUCCAAGCCACUGGAGCAUCCGGCCUCCCCAACAUGCCCACCAUCCCGGGUAUCUCCACCUUCAAAGGCACCCGCCUUGUGCACUCGUCCUCCUUCACUGGUGCAGUCCCCGCUCACAACCAAUCAACCCCCAAACGCGCCGUCAUAGUCGGCUGCUGCAACUCCGCACACGACAUAGCCCAAGACUACCACGAGAACGGCUACAGCGUAACCAUGAUCCAGCGGUCCACAACCCUCGUUCUCAACGCCGACACGAACCUCCGUCACAUGGCAGGCCUCUGGAGUGAAGAUGGUCCCGCGACGGACGAUGCCGAUGUGGUGUUCAUGAGCACUCCCAAUGCGGUGGUGAAGAGGAUGAACAUUGACAUGACGGAUGUACAGGCUGGUGAGGAUGCGGAGAUCUUGGGCGGAUUGGAGAAGGCGGGGUUUAGACUGGAUAGAGGACCGGAUGGGAGUGGGCUUUGGAUCAAGUAUUUGCAGCGUGGAGGUGGGUAUUACAUUGAUGUGGGGUGUAGCCAGCUCAUUGCGUCGGGGAAGAUUAAAGUCAAAUCUGGAGUGGAGAUCGCUGAGAUUACGCCUACAGGUUUGGUAUUUGAAGAUGGUGAGGUAAUGGAGGCGGAUGAAAUUGUGUUUGCAACGGGGUAUUUGAAUAUGCGGACGCAGUGUAGAGAGAUCUUUGGUGAUGAGGUCGCGGAUAGGGUGAAGGAUGUGUGGGGGUUUGACGAGGAGGGUGAAAUCCGGACUAUGUGGAGGGGGAGUGGACAUCCGGGUUUCUGGUUUAUGGGUGGUAAUUUGGCGCUUUGUAGAUGGUAUAGUAGAUUGUUGGCAUUACAAAUUAAGGGUAUUGAGGAGGGGUUGGUGAAUUCAGGAACUGCUUGA